CGAGGCGGAACUGAGGGGUCUGGUCCCUGCGCGAAGAUCCUGGAACUAAGACUCACCUGUGCGGGGGCCAGAGGUGGGGCCGGGGCAAAAACUCACCUGAGCCGGCUGAAACCUGUCCCGGGAGGGGCCCCCGGGCUCGCCCCGCGCAGAGGGACCUGAGCGACCCUCCGUCGUCGGUGCACCCGUCCCGGCGAGGCCGCCAUGACCUGGAGCGCCACGGUCCGGGGCGCACACCAGCCCGACAACACCGCGUUCACGCAGCAGCGCCUCCCCGCCUGGCAGCCGCUGCUGUCAGCCGGCAUCACGCUGCCGCUCUUCUUCUGCGUGGGCCUGGCCUUCAUCGGCCUCGGCCUGGGCCUCUUCUACUCCUCCAACGGCAUCAAGGAGAUCGAGUACGACUACACCGGCAGUCCGGGCACCGGCAACUGCUCGGGGUGCGCCGCGGCCGAGGAGGGCCGCGCGUCGCCGUCCAGCUGCUCGUGCGCCUGGUACUUCUCGCUGCCCGAGCUCUUCCAGGGCCCCGUGUACCUCUACUACGAGCUGACCAACUUCUACCAGAACAACCGGCGCUACGGCGUGUCCCGCGACGACGCGCAGCUGAGCGGGCUGCCGAGCGCGCUGCGCCACCCGGCCAACGAGUGCGCCCCCUACCAGCGCACCGCGGCCGGCCUGCCCAUCGCACCCUGCGGCGCCAUCGCCAACAGCCUCUUCAACGACUCCUUCUCGCUAUGGCACCAGAGCCGGGCUGGCGGGCCCUACAUCGAGGUGCCGCUCGACCGCACCGGCAUCGCCUGGUGGACCGACUACCACGUCAAGUUCCGCAACCCUCCGCCGGUGAACGGCAGCCUGGCGCUGGCCUUCCACGGCACCGCGCCCCCGCCAAACUGGCACCGGCCGGUCUACGAGCUCAGCCCAGACCCCAACAACACCGGCUUCGUCAACCAGGACUUCGUGGUGUGGAUGCGCACGGCGGCGCUGCCCACCUUCCGCAAGCUGUACGCGCGCAUCCGCCAUGGCAACUACUCGGCCGGCCUGCCGCGGGGCGCCUACCGCGUCAACAUCACCUACAACUACCCGGUGCGUGCCUUCGGCGGCCACAAAAGCAUCAUCUUCAGCAGCAUCUCGUGGAUGGGCGGCAAGAACCCCUUCCUGGGCAUCGCCUACCUGGUCGUCGGCUCCCUCUGCAUCCUCACGGGCUUUGUCAUGUUGGUCGUCUACAUUCGCUACCAGGCCCAGAACGACGAGGACGAGGACGAGGAGUGACUCCUGCUUUAAAAGCACCCUUCUUGCCGCUUGCAGAAACUCUCCUGCAAGCUGCUUUUGUCCUCUCCCUUUUGUCCCUCAUCCAGUUCCAACCUCGCCUCACUUUUCCUCCUCUUCUGGAUGAGACCAGAGAGAGGAAUUACACCCAGUUGGGGUCUACCAGACUUUUGCUGGGGUGUUUGCAGAGUGAAACAUCCUUGCAAAUUUUCUUCCAUCCCCUUUACGAUUUACCAAGUUGAAGUGAGGUUUUGAAAGUAGCAUUUGAGAGCAAAAGGGAGGGAGAGACUCUUAUUCAAAACUAUCUGAUGAAGAGACUGAGACCUAGAGAUAUUGAAUGACUUUCAAGAUCAGGCGGCUACUCAUUGGUCCCUGACUCUGACUUCAGAGCUUUUACCACUAUAGUAUGGUGGUUCCCUUUUCUUUUUGGGGAUAGUGGGUUGGGGCAAAGACUGAAGCCCACAGAUAACCCGUAUAAAGACAUGGAGGGAUAGGGGAGAACAUACUUGUUAAAGGUGUGAAUAGAUUGGGAGGCACAAUACCCUAGAGAUUCUGACACAGUAAGACUAGGGUAAGACCCCUUAAGCUGUGUUUAACAAGCCCUUCUGGAGGUUUCUCCUGUAUUCCCUUAAAUUUGAGAAUCACUACCCUGAACCAGGGAGUAAUCAGAAUACUGAAACUGUUUCCUGUGUCCGAGGUUGGGCCUGAAGCAGUCAUAUGAGUCCAGCUUUUCAGGCAGACAUUUGUUCCCAGGGAUAGUACCAAUCAUAAUGUUGCAGGUUUGGUCCAGCAGUUUGCCUUGAACAUAGGAAACUUUCCAUAAUGUGGAAUGAAUGAAUAAAACCUUGCUAUUUCUAGAAAACUAGCUGGCAUAUGUAUUUGCAGGGCACAGUUUGUAUCAAUUCAUUUAAUACUCCAGGAUAAGAGGGAAAAAAAACAGGUUGCCAGGUACUGUGUAGAAACUUGAAAAUGUCAGGUCAGUUUGUACAGCUCAGAGGGAAAGUUUUGGCCUUACAGUCAGAUAGCUAGAAGGGAUCUUAGAGGGAAAGUGAUUUCCCCAAAGUCCUAUCUGUGUCUCCUGACUGCUGACUCCAUCCUUUUUGUCAUCUAAAUUAUUUUUUAUGCUUAAGAGAGAAAAAGGCUUCCUACCUUUUCCCUCAGGUCCAAAAAAACCUUUUUAAUUUAUGUUCUCAAAUGAAGCAUAUUUGUUUCAAAUGAACACUAAGGAAUAUAGUCAUAUGUAAACUAGAAUUUUAAGUAUUAUUUGAACUUUUGAGAUAAUGUUAAACUCUUACUAUCCUAAAAUCAUCCUAAUAUGUGUAAAAUUAUUUUAAGAAACAAUUUUUUAAAAAUUUGAAAAUUUGUUGGGAGAAGUAGGGUUAGAGUAAAAAGUGAAGCCCAAGAUAACC